UACUCUUCCGAGCAUUCGGUUUUCUCGAGGUUGUUGCUCCUCACAAAUCAAGUUGCUGAUGUUGACUGCAAAUAUUGUUGCCUCCUCACAUCAAUUUGUACUAGGGAAAAGAGAGGGUCAAUGCAGCAGGCAUACUCGGCUUACUCAAACUAAUCUCGUGAAGUUUUUCAUUUCAUUUGAACAGUUCAAUGGGAAAAUGCGACCAUCUGAAAUUGCUAGAACUAGACCGUUGGGGCUUGGUGCCCUAAUUUUGCCUAUUGAUAAAAGAAGACCUCUCAUGCAUUCUUCUCGAACACAGUCUGCUUCUGUUAGAUGUUUUUCUAUGUUGAAUGCAAGAUGUGGUGCAGAGCAAACUCAAACUGUCACGCGGGAGGCCCCAACAAUUACUCACAUUCCUGGCAAGGAAAAGUCACCUCAACUAGAUGAUGGCGGGUCCGGAUUCCCACCUCGUGAUGAUGGUGAUGGUGGUGGUGGAGGUGGCGGAGGAGGAGGCAAUUGGUCAGGUGGGUUCUUCUUUUUUGGAUUUCUUGCUUUUCUAGGCUUUUUAAAGGAUAAGGAAGGUGAGGGGGCUUAUCGGGAUGAAAGAAGAAGAUGAGGAAAGGUUUGGAGUUUGAAUUUGAAUUUUGUAUAAUUCUGCAUUUGUAUUCUCUGGCGGUUUUAAUUAAGUAAAGGGCCUUCUUGUCAACUUUGACUAGAGGUACUGCAUUAUUUGUUUUCCA